GUUCCCUCAAGUGAUUGCUAGACGCUAACAGUGUUUCUCCUGCAUACGACUUGGAGCAGCCACGACCUAUCAUAUACUCGCUCCUCCACUGGUCAUAUACAGUCGCACAUUCAAUCUGUCCAGUGAAUGAAGACGCUCGUGGUAACCUGUAUCGGUAUGGCACGCUGCGAAUCUGGCUGUGCGAAUUACUUGUCAUGAAAGGCACCCCACAACUGCAAGUUGACGCUCCAAGGAUGGCCCACGAACUCGUGUUCCCUCUCUUCCCUUUGUUACACGACCACACCUCUUACGAUUUACGAUGACGAUUCUCGAAUACUUGCUGUUACUUGUGUUUUUACCUGCGGUGCUUGCAGCACAUCGUUCUACUUUACACCAACAGGAAUCCCGGCAGAUAUCUACCACUUCGAAAGCUGGGCUAGCCUGGCCUAAUGGCCCUUCGGCGGAGUUAAACCAGUACCGUUCAACUGGAAAAGUUCAAUGGUACUACACCUGGGGAUCUUCUUCUAUCAAUACCGAUUUGGAGUUUGUUCCUAUGUUAUGGGGGCAAAACCAGGUCGAGCAGUGGAAACAUACCAUUCAACAAAUAAUCAAGCAACGGCAUGUCACUCACGUACUCGGUUUCAACGAGCCUCAACAGCCAGGACAGUCGAAUAUCUCAGCUACGGAUGCAGUUUUCCUGUGGCAAGAUCAGCUGGAGCCGUUGAAAGCGCAGGGGAUCCGCCUGGGAAGUCCGGCUCCUAGUUCUGCACCGUCCGGAAGGCAAUGGCUGCUAGAUUGGCUUGGCGCAUGUCAAGGAGGAUGUACCGUUGACUUUAUCGCCCUGCAUUGGUACGACAUCAACUCGACGGCUUUCAUUCGGUACUUGAAUGACUUCCACGACACGUUUCAGAGGCCUAUCUGGGUGACGGAGUGGGCUUGUCAGAAUUUCAAUCAUGCUGAUCAACAAUGUUCUCCCCAAGAUGUUGUGGAUUUCAUGAACGCUACUCAGGCGUUCAUGGAUAAUACUGAUUGGGUCGAGCGUUACUCCUGGUUUGGGGCAAUGAGAGACAUGUCGGGAGUCAAUCAAGAUGACGCUCUUAUGGAUAAUUCUGGUCGAAUCAACAUGCUUGGUCAACAGUAUAUCGGGGCAGUAAUCCCGAACGUUAGUGUCGAUUACCAACCUGGUGUUGUUCACGGUGGCUACGGCAGCGGACCUUCACCCUCUAUUGGUGGAGGAUGUGCUCCACUUCGACCAUUUCGCACCCUGCCACGUCUUUCUUUGAUGAGUCUCCUUUCCCUCACCGUCUCGCUAUUGGUUUGAUAGAAGAAGAGACCCUGAGGGACCAUGAUCCCCGUACUACUUGAUACCGGAUUUGUACUAAUACUAGACGCGUAUACCAUGUUGCUAUCUCUAU